AUCAAAGUUGUUUCUUUAUUCUUACAGUAAGCAAAUGGUGUGAAACAAAUAACAAUUCUCCACUCUCCCAUUCCCAUUGGUUUUACUUUUAACAGAUAGAUAGAGAUGAGUAGCGUCAAUGUUCAACAGUCAAAAGCCUUGAAAAACUGGGAGUUUCUUGUUAGUUAAGGGCAUGGACUUUUUUAGCCACAAUGGAAGAAGAAUAUAUACAAAAGAAAAAGACCGUGUAGACUUUGGCCAUUUUCGUUUUCACUCCACACCGAGAAGCCAACAGCACCAAUCCAUUCCACACCAACUAAACAAAGUCCUCAUAAACCCCAAAACCAAACCAAACCAAACCAAAACAAAAAAACCCCUUAAUCCUUCUCCCUCAUUUCAUCAACACGUACAAAGCUAGCCAUGAGUUACUUCGACGAUGAUCACGACCACGACCAUGACCAUUUCCCCGACCACAGCGACUUCAACAGAAGAAUACUCAUCACGGCCAUAGUUUCCUUAACCGCGGUCUUAGUCCUUGUCGUCGCACUUCACCUCUACGCAAGGUUCGUUCUGAGGCGCCAAUCUCGCCGCAGAAACGCCAUACACCUUCUCACCCUCAACGUGGCUCACGCACACAACCACGCCGAACCACCCAACACAGGCCUCGACCCUACUCUCAUAACCACCCUUCCCACCUUCCCCUUCAAGCAAGAACACGAUUCUGUGGAAUGUUCCGUGUGCUUGAGCGUUCUAGAAGACGGAGAAUUGGUGAGGUUACUUCCCAAUUGCAAACACAGUUUCCACGUCAGCUGCAUCGACACGUGGCUCACGUCGCACUCCACGUGUCCCCUUUGUCGGACCAAAGCCGAACCGCCCCGCCUCGAGCCGCAGCCGCGUGAGGGCCCCGCCGUCGCUUCCGAUGGCUCACCGAAAAUUGGUGGCUCUUCAAAUUCGAGGUUGAGUUCGUUCCGGAGGAUUCUUAGUAGGGAGAGAUCGUCCACGAGAAUCCAACCUUCUACGAAUGAUGAUGUUCAACACGACUUAGAGAGGCAGUAAUGUGAAAUUAUGUAUUCAUCGAGGUACUGUUCUUCUUGUUGUUGUUGUUGAUUUUCUCGUUAUACACACACGGGGAAAGUUCGACGAAAAGAGAUUGUCAAGGUGAUAAUACUAUUACUGCGUACCAUUUCCGGAUUUUUAAUUAUUUUGUACAUGAUAGUCAAAUAUGUGAUUUGUAUUGAAUUUUAUUUUAUUUGAUUUGAUUGCUCGAGUCGUUGUUAUACUUUGUGAAAAGGAUUUGGGGUUUGGUAACCUGUAUUAACACAAUAAUGACUCGUGGAGAUAUAAUAAUAUUGGUAGAUUAGGUGGUACGUAGUCCUGGUUCAUGUGAGCUUAGUAAAGAUUAACUGAUCAUUUUUUUUUUUUU